GCAGCCCCCGCGCCGCCUCCCCUCUGUCCGUCCCGCUCCUCCUCCUUCCUCAGGCGCAGCACGUGCCACGAUGGCAGAGCUCUUUAUGGAAUGUGAAGAGGAAGAGCUUGAGCCAUGGCAACAGAAAGUGAAACCAAUUGUUCUGGAUGAUGAAGACGACGAUGAACCCAUAUUUGUCGGGGAGAUCCUGAGCUCUAAACCAUCUAAUACCUAUAUAUUGAACAGAGUCAACCCCAGUUCACCACGGAUUGGAAUGCAGAAUGGUGCACCAAAAAGAGGUGCUGUGGCUGUUUCUCCAGGGUUUCCCUCUGCAGCAAGACCCAUAACUAGUACUCUAGCUGUUCAGCCGCAGCCAAGGGUCAGUAAUGUUUCAGGAACCUCUCAGGUCUUGCAGAGACCUCUUUCUGCGUGUUCAUCACUACAGGAGGCAGCCAAGGCAAGCACUGGAAUAUCUCAGCCCAUCAAUAGAUCUGCCACCACUCAAUCAUUAGCAAGGAACCUCGGCAUACCUGUAAUGGCUCAGUCUCCAUCCAGGCCAGUGGCCACAGUAACAGCACAACCAGUUUCAUUAAAUCGGGUUAUACCGAAUAAUCCUUCGCUUGUAGCUUUUGGUUUAAGGCAAAAUUCAGGAGUAAUGCAGUGCCAGAGUGGAUCUGCAGUGACUACAACAGGCCUGUCCAAGCGUCCUUCAACUUCUGAAGCUCACAGUAUUAAUGCAAAAAAGGCCAAGGCUGAUGAGGCAGUUUCUGGAAGUGAUUCACUUUCAAUUAUAUCUCCAAAUGAUACAUCAUUGCUUCAGAAAGGUAUUGCAUCGAGCAAUGUUAAAAAUGGAGCACCUUUUCCACAAGCAUGUCCAAAGUGUAAUAUUCAUUUCAAUCUUUUGGAGCCAUUAAAAAAUCACAUAAAGUAUUGCUGUCCAGAUAUGGCACAUACCUUUCUGGGAAUAACCCAAACAGCCGGUUCAGGGACAUCAACUAAAAUGGCUGAAACUGAAACAGGAAAACUGAUCAUGUUAGUUAAUGACUUUUAUUAUGGCAAACAUGAGGGUAAUAUCCAGCAGGUGCGUCAGGAACAGAAGACACAUACGACCUUCAAGUGUGCCAGCUGCAUGAAGCUUCUCAAAAGCAAUAUCAGGUUUAUGAACCACAUGAAGCAUCACUUGGAGCUGGAAAAACAGAAUAGUGAGAGUUGGGAAAGUCACACCACCUGUCAGCACUGCUACCGUCAGUUUCCAACACCCUUCCAACUCCAGUGCCACAUCGAAAGCAGCCAUACCCCUCAUGAGUCAUCGACUCUAUGCAAAAUAUGUGAACUAUCUUUUGAAACCGAGCAAGUUCUUUUGCAGCACAUGAAGGACAAUCACAAGCCUGGGGAGAUGCCCUACGUCUGCCAGGUGUGCAAUUACAGAUCAUCAGCAUAUUCAGAUGUGGAAAAACACUUUCGAGCUGUUCAUGAAAAUACAAAGAGCCUGCUGUGCCCAUUUUGCCUCAAAGUGAUUAAAGUUGGGGCACCAUAUAUGCAUCAUUUCCUGAGACACCAGAAAAAGGGAGUACAUCGCUGUACCAAGUGUAGACUCCAGUUCUUGACAUGCAAAGAAAAAAUGGACCACAAAUCUCAGCAUCACCGGACAUUUAAAAAACCUGUUCAGUUAGAGGGAUUGCCUCCAGGAACCAAAGUUACCAUCAGAGCUUCUGCUGGAUCUCUUCAGCCUGGAUCAGCACUUGCACCUCCUGUCAUCCCAAGUGUGUCUACUUUACACUUGUCCACCAGUGCAGCUAAAGUGACAACUGCUAAAACGACUAAUAACAAAAUGAAUGCAAAUAAAGUAAAGCCAAAAUUGAAGCCACUGAGCGUACAGAAAAAGCAAGGUCUGGGGACCACCCACAAUAACAGUAAUAGCAGCAGCAGCAGUAGCAAUGGCGGCAUCAGCAAAAGAAACAAUAAAAUUGCAAAUACAGCAUUAAAUAAUCUAAGAUGCCCGAAUAUUCAGAAGUGCAUUGAGUGUUAUUCUGAUAUAAGGACAUUCGCCAGCCACUUUCCAGCCUAUGUUCGCUGUAGUUUAUGCAGAUACAGCACUAGCUGCAGUAAAGCCUACGUGAAUCAUAUGAUGAGUUUUCACAGUGCUCGACAAAGUAAACGAUUUUGGAUUUAUAAGACUCAUUCAGAAGAUCUGAGGGGUGUUACUCUUGUUUGUCUUAAUUGUGAAUUCCUAACUGAUGCUUCCAGCUUGGAUGAUAUGGCCACGCACUUGAAUGAAAACCUUACUCAUACUUGUCAAGUGAUUAUCGAAAAUGUUCCCUCGGACUAUCUGGUUGCUGAUAACCUUUCUCACCUGGUUAGUGAUGGAUUAUUGAACAGUGGAAGUGAAGAAACAUCCCAGAAAAUUCCAAGGCUCAGUACACCUGAAGAGCAAAAAGAAACAUCCGUCUCUGCAAGCCCAGAAAUAAAACACAUCACAGAAGAAACAGAUAAGGACCAUCUGGAAAAUCAAAGCAAUGAAGCUGCUUUAGAAGUUGAGUGUGAAGAAAAUAAAUUGCCUGUUCUAGAAAACAGUCUUGGUUCAGAGCUUCAGGCCUGCUCAAAUGACUUCAUAGGCUCUGUAGAUGGGGGAGAGGCAGAGGGCCUUGGAAAUCAAGGGGGUGGAAGCCCUUUCACAGCUGAGUUAAAAGAAAAGAUACCUCCAUGUCCAGAAAACACUUCUGGCCCAGCAUUCCAAGCAUGCUCAGAAGAUUCUUUGGGAGAAGGGAACUCAGAUGACCUUGCAAAUCAAGGUGAUGAAGAAGGUUCUUUAGCUGCUGAGUGUGAAGAAAAUCCAACACCUCCGGUUUUAGAAAACUCAAAUAACCCAAUAAACGCUGCAGAAAAAACAGACAUAGAGAGCUUUGUAAAUCAAGGUGAUGAAGGUCCUCUAGCUGCUGCUUGUGUAGAAAAUAUGCCUAUGUCACCCAUGGAAGACUCCUUCAUUUCAGAACAUCAUACUUGUUCAAAAGGCUCUACAGGAGAAGGGGACCUUGCAGUUGAAAUUGCAAAUCAAGGAGAUGAAGGUCCUCUAGCUGCAGGGUGUGAAGAAAGCACACUGCCUUUGGUUCUAGAAAACGCCUCUGGUUCAGGACUUCACUCAGCCAGCCCAAAUGAUCCUGCAAAAGAAGGGGACACAGGUGCCCUUGCAAAUCAAACUGAUGAAGGUCUUUUAGCUGCUGCUUGUGUAGAAAAUAUGCCUAUGUCAACUGUGGAAGACUCCUCCAUUUCAGAACAUCCUACUUGUUCAAAAGGCUCUACAGAAGAAGGGAGCCUUGCAGUUGACCUUGAAAAUCAAGGAGAUGAAGCUCCUUUAGUGGCCAAAUGCAAAGAAGAGAAAUCUCCAUGUCUAGAAAACAUUUCCGAUCCAGGGUUUCAAGCCUGCUCAAAAGACGGUUCAGGACAAGUAGAGACAGGUAACAUUGCAAAUCAAGAUGUUGAAGAAAAUCCAUUGCCUUCAGUUCUUGCAAAUAAAGAAGUUAAAGAAAAUCCAUUGCCUUCAGUUCUAGAAAACUUGAAGCCAGGAUUUUCAGCCUCCUCAAAUGACUCCAUAGACCCUGCGAGCAAAGACACAGUAGGCAGCCUUGCAAACCAGGACCAUGAAUGUUAUUCAGCAGCUGAGUGUGAAGAAAGUACAUCGCCUUUGGUUCUAGGAAACCCCUCUGGUUCAGGACUCUCAGACUGCUCAAAUGAUUCCAUAGAUCCUUCAGUAGAUGGAGAUGCAGAGACUCCUGCAAAUCAAAGCGAUGAAGGUUUAGCUGUCAAGUGUAAAGAAAGUCCAUCCACUGGAGAAGAAUCCUCCGUUUUAGAACUCCAUGUCUGUUCAAAAGGCUCUGCAGAAGAUGCUUCAAAGGACCAUCUUGAAAAUCAAACUGUUGAGCAUGAAGAAAGUACUUCUGUAUCAGCUGUGAAAGACUCCUGUCCAGGAUCCCAAGCCAGUUCAACUGAGACCUCUUGUGAAAGGACAGAAUCUGAUGAUUUGGGUAAUGGUGAUCAGAUAGAAGAAGGAAAAUCCCUGAAAGCUUCAGAGAAUAAAACCAACUCUUUCCAAAGUUCAAAGGAUGCAGUCUCUGCUGCUGAAACAAAGGUGGCUGAUUUGGAUGAAGCUGAGCUAGCAGACAUAAAUUCUGACCACUCAAAAUUGGCAUCUGAUGAAGAAGAUGUCAGUUUUGAACAGUUUCUGAGGAGAAGUGAACCUGAAUCUGUGACUUCUGAUGUGAGUGAGCAAGGCAGUGUUCAUCUGGAACCUCUGACGCCAUCCGAGGUCCUUGAAUAUGAAGCUACAGAGAUUCUCCAGAAAGGUGGGGUUCCACCUUCAGCAAAGAAGGCUGAGCCAGGUUCUGAACUAGAGGAUCCUACUGCUUCUGAAGAGAGCAGCCCUGCUAGCCAUGUGGAGUCACCAGUAAGCCAGGCAGAAGAGAGAGAUGAAGCAAAUGAAGCAAGCUGAAGCAGAAUAUUUGCAUCACUUUGAACCAGUUGCUGUGUAUACUCUUACAGUUGCCAAUUGGGAAAGAAAGUGGGGAAACAGAACCGUGGAUUAUGUAAUACUGCCGAAGCUCAGCAGUGACAAAUGAGAUAUUAGACCCUCUGAUGUGAAAGAGCUAUCAGAAGCCAGAACCAUUGCCUGCAGUGACCCAACCUGUGAA